GACGCGCGGGUGACCCGGCCAGACCACCCCCUGGCCAAGUACGCGGAGGUCUUCACGCAGAAGUUCGACCUCAUUGCAGAGCGUCUCAGUGUGGUGAACCAGCUUCGUGAGGUGGCCAAGGCGUCGAUUUUGGCGAAGUACCUCAUCGACUCCGGGGUGCAGCUGGACGACUCCUGGUUCAACUUGGCGAGUGCGUUCGAGGGGUCCAAGGUGACGAAGGUACCCCAGCUCUGGAACGAGCGCUACCACGCCAAGGUUCAGGUGCAGGAUGGCACUAUCGACGAGGAAGCCCUCAACCCGCGCAUGCACGGCGUGUACGGUGGCGUGCAGUUCGGCCUGGAGAAGUUCACCGUGGGCGCGCGGGCGGCGUCCGCCUCGGUGCAGUUCGCUCGUGUUGGAGCCCGUGGGCCGAUGCCACGUGUGUCGGCGGCGCUCUCCAUGGCGACCAGCGUCACAGGUGGCCUCAGGACCCCGGCGAUGCGCGCAGCAGUGUCCAUGCGGGCUGGCGGGGUGCCUCGCGGCGUGCAGUUCGGCCUGGAGAAGUUCACCGUGGGCGCGCGGGCGGCGUCCGCCUCGGUGCAGUUCGCUCGUGUGGGAGCCCGUGGGCCGAUGCCACGUGUGUCGGCGGCGCUCUCCAUGGCGACCAGCGUCACAGGUGGCCUCAGGACCCCGGCGAUGCGCGCAGCGGUGUCCAUGCGGGCUGGCGGGGUGCCUCGCGGCGUGCAGUUCGGCCUGGAGAAGUUCACCGUGGGCGCGCGGGCGGCGUCCGCCUCGGUGCAGUUCGCUCGUGUUGGAGCCCGUGGGCCGAUGCCACGUGUGUCGGCGGCGCUCUCCAUGGCGACCAGCGUCACAGGUGGCCUCAGGACCCCGGCGAUGCGCGCAGCGGUGUCCAUGCGGGCUGGCGGGGUGCCUCGCGGCGUGCAGUUCGGCCUGGAGAAGUUCACCGUGGGCGCGCGGGCGGCGUCCGCCUCGGUGCAGUUCGCUCGUGUUGGAGCCCGUGGGCCGAUGCCACGUGUCUCGGCAGCGCUCUCCAUGGCCACUAGCGUGACUGGCGGACUGCGCACCCCGGCGAUGCGCGCCGCGGUGUCGAUGCGCGCCGGAGGCGUGCCACGCGGUGUGGACCGGUGCCCCCCGCGAAAGAGCUGCUCCGAGGCUGGGCGGAGCUCCGAGAUGAUCCUCGCGGACGCCGGUUCGGCGCCCCCGAUGGGCUCCAGCUUCUGGCAGAUGAUCGACGACAGCGAGGAGACCGUGUUGAGCAGCAAGGACACGACGCGGAGCUGCUGCGCGCCGUGUUCAACCCGCGCCUCUCCGACAGGCGCAUGGACGGUGACCUCUUCGUGCCCCCGCCCACCUGCGACGCGCACGCGGAGAAGCUGCGCGCCCUCGUCCGGGAGGAGGCAGCCGUGCAGGAGCAGCGCAAGCGCCACUUCUGCAGCACCAAGUUCGAGGAGAAGCAACGCGGGAUCGCUGUUCCCGUUCUCGUGGCAGGAGUCGUUCCAGGCGCAGGCGCAGGGGCCGCGGCGCUGCCUCGUGCCGCGGGCGGAUCUCCUGCAGCAGGCUGGCGAGCUCGCGGAGGCGCUCGAGACGGCCGCGCCAAGCUUCGACAAACUCACGGAGGAGGGCUCGCGCUUCCGCGCCUACCGCUUCGGGGGCUUGGAGGUUCGCACCUACCAGGACGCGGACGGUCCCGAGACGGUGGGCGCCAUCCUUGCCCAGCGCGCGUGAGCGCGAGGGAGCAGGACGACGACGUGGGCGACCGUGAGAGCAUGGACGCCACCCUUACCCCACAUAUAAGAGAACAGCAGGACCGAAGCAGGCCAGCCGCGGCUACACCGUGAGCCCCCUCGAGACUGAUUGCCGACGAUCUGAUGCUUGAUGCUCGCUCCGAGUGCUGGCGCUGCGCUGGCAGGCGCGGGCGAACCGAAUGGGUGGCUGGCGCGCAUCUCUCACCCUUCACCUCACUCUCCUCUGCCUGGCUCGGGGUGGCAACCAGUGAUGGCUGCAGAGCGUUUUGCUUUUCCGAUCCCUUCUCGUCAGCUCAGCAGGCUCGCUCUGUGGCACUUUUCCAAUAGCCCGGAGGCUCGGCAAAACCGGCCCCCGCGCGGGCGCCGGCGUUUGUUUCGGAAAAGCCCGAUCGGCCGCGCUCCCGCGUCCCGACCUGCUGCCUCGUGCGUGGUGUGUUGCUCGAGGCCAGAUGCUGCCGCCUGUCAUGCCUUCCCCCCCUCCUCCUCCUCCUCCUCCU